UUCUUAGGUAUGACGCUACAAGUUUGGCACACCUGUAUGUGGGCAGUUUCUCUGAUGCAUCUCUGCAGAUCCUCUCAAGCUCUGUCAGGUUCGAUGGUGAGCGUCGCUGUACAGCUAUUUUCAGGUCUCUCCAGAGAUGUUAGAUCGGGUUCAAAUCGGGGCUCUGGCUGGGCAACUAAAGGACAUUCAUAGGCUUGUCCCAAAGCCACUCCUGUGUUGUCUUGGCUGUGUGCUUAGGGCCGUUGUCCAGGUGGAAGGUGACACUGCUCUGGAGCAGGUUUUCAUCAAGGAUCUCUCUGUACUUUGCUCUGUUCAUCUUUCCCUCAAUCCUGACUAGUCUCCCAGUCCCUGCCGCUGAAAAUCAUUCCCACAGCAUGAUGCUGCCACCAGCAUGCUUCACAGUAGGAAUGGUGCCAGGUUUCCUCCAGACGUGACACUUGGCAUUCAGGCUAAUGAGUUCAAUCUUGGUAUCAUCAGACCAGAGAAUCUUGUUUCUCAUGGUCUGAGAGUCCUUUCGGUGUCUUUUGGCAAACUCCAAGCGGACUGUCAUGUGCCUUUUACUGAAGAGUGGCUUCCGUCUGGCCACUCUACCAUAAAGGCCUGAUAGGUGGAGUGCUGCAGAGAUGGGAGAAUCUUCCAGAAGGACAACCAUCUCUACAGAGGAACUCUAGAGCUCUGUCAGAGUGACCAUCGGGUUCUUGGUCACCUCCCUGACCAACGCCCUUCUCCCCCGAUUGCUCAGUUUGGCCGGGCGGCCAGCUCUAGGAAGAGUCUUGGUGGUUCCAAACUUCUUCCAUUUAAGAAUGAUGGAGGCCACCGUGUUCUUGGGGACCAAUGCUACAUAAUUAUUUUGGUACCCUUCCCCAGAUCUGUGCCUUGUCACAAUCCUGUCUUAGAGCUCUAGCGACAAUUCCUUCAACCUAAUGGCUUGGUUUUUGCUCUGACAUGCACUGUCCACUGUGGGAGCUUAUAUAGAAAGGUGUGUGCCUUUCCAAAGCAUGUCCAAUCAAUUGAAUGUACCACAUGUGGACUCCAAGUUGUAGAAACGUCUCAAGGAUGAUCAUUGGAAACAGGAUGCACCUGAGCUCAAUUUUGAGUCGCAUAGCAAAGGGUCUGAAUAUUUAUGUAAAUAUAUAUUACAAAAUAAUAACAUUUGCUAACAUUUCUAAAAUCAUGUUUACGCUUUGUCAUUAUGGGGUAUUGUGUGUAGAUUGAGGAUUUUGUUUUAUGUAAUCAAUUUUAGAAUAAGGCUGUAACGUAACAAAAUGUGGAAAAAGUGAAGGGGUCUGAAUACUUUCCGAAUGCACUGACUUCAUUGUACAUUGACUUCAAUACGAAACCUAGGAAGCUCAUUGUUUUCACCUCAUUCCAUAGACUUACACAGUAAGUUUGACAACUUCUGGAGGACAUUCUCCAACCUAUCAGAGCUCUUGCAGCAUGAACUGACAUGUUGUCCACCCAAUCAAAGGAUCAUAGAAAGAAUCUAGUACUGAAAGCAUAAGCUACAGCUAGAUAGCACUGCAGUGCAUAAAAAUAUGGUGAGUAGUUGACAGAGAGAAUGACUAGUUGAACAGUUUUGAACAAAUGUAUUUAUUCAAAAAUGAAAGAGAAGCAAUUGAGAGAACGAGAGAGCUAGCUAUUAUUUAUUCACUUUCACAGCUUGGGAAUGCAGCUAGCUAGUUUAGCAUAGUCAAACACCCUGCUCAAGCGGAGAUGCUAUGUUAGCUAUCUGGCUAUGGCUAUCCAGCACUAACUCUUCCAAGUCAAGGUAAGUUUUUGGUUUUAUAAAAUGUAUUGCCACCAGGGCCCACCGGUGUAACUGCUUAACUACUUGCUGUACACUGUACUGCAUGAUUGUAGCUGGUUUACUAACGUGUUAGUUCUAGUAGCUAUGUUGACUAUGACGCUAGUUAAUAUGGUGACAACGAUAUAGGCUGUGUGUAGCAGUUAGCAGUUAUGGUAUGAAGGUUUGGCAUUUUGCACUCGACCUGUGCACCUACAUUGUAAACUUUCAUUCGUAGGUUGUAGCAACUUCAUUCAUGAUGGGUAUAGGGAAAAUGAGCACCAUGUAGCAGCUAGCCUAAACCUAUUAAUGUUACAUUGAGCUGGGUGAAUGGAAUAUACAGUAAAUGAUAGUCAUCCAAUAUGCUGUAAUAGAAAUAAGGCCAUGACCCCCCCAAAAAAUGGCACCAACCGCCACUGCUGCAUACUUAAUUUAGCUUGUUCUAGUUGGCUAUAUCAACAGCAGAUUGACACAAUUGACAGGGGCCUAGUGUUGCGUUUUGUGUGAACGUUAUAUACACAUUUUACUUGUUCUGUUGUUUAAUAGUGUCAAGUGAUCUAAAAUGGACACCUCAUCACCUGCUCCACCCACACCUGUCCCAGAGUGGUUGCUAGCUAUUCUACAACAACUGACCAGUGAGGAAUUGAAGUCAUUUCAGUGGUACCUGAAGCAGCCUGUUUUGGGUGGCUCAUCUCCCAUCCCAGUUAGCAGGCUGGAAAAUGCUAAAAGAGAGGACACAGUGGAUCAGAUGGUGCAUACCUAUAGGGAAGCUGGUGCUCUGGAGAUGACACACCAUAUUCUGCAAAAGAUUAAACGGAAUGAUCUAGCUGUUCCAAUGUCAGGGACAGAACACCAAGUCACAGCAGGAGUAUCAGCCACACCAACCAGGCCCAACCUGAACACCGUACCAGUUCAGAAUGCUUCUGCAGAUCUCUCCAACCACACUGAGCCUGGAGACCACGUUAAGGGACAUAAACUCACUACUGUUAACUCUACAGAUGAUGGUCCUUCGUAUGAAGAUGUUGAGAAGUACCGACGUAAAUUCCAAUACAAACUGAAGGAGAAGAUUCAGCAUGUAUUUGAGGGGGUGCCAAAACAGGGAAAGAAAACACUUCUCAAUAAGAUCUACACAGAACUCUACAUCACAGAGGGCGGAAGUGAAGAGGUCAAUAAAGAACACGAGGUCAGACAGAUUGAGAUCGCAUCCAUCACACCAGCAGCAACAGAAGAAAGGUUGAUCAAAUGCAAUAACAUCUUUACAUUUGUAACUGGACAAGACAAACCUACCAGAACUGUACUGACGAAGGGAGUCGCUGGCAUUGGAAAAACAUUCUCUGUACUUAAGUUCAUUUUGGACUGGGCUGAAGGAAAAGCAAAUCAAGAUAUCCAGUUCAUAUUUUCACUGCCUUUUCGAGAGCUAAAUUUGGUGCGGAAGAAAAUGCUGAGUUUAGUGGAUCUUGUUCAUGAAUGCAUCAGAGAGGCAAAAGUGAUUGAGAAGGAAUUUCUCCAUCAGGUUUUCACAAAAUUACAAGACUCAGGAAACCCAAACUACAAUGAGAGCAGGUACAAAGUUCUAUUUGUCCUUGAUGGUCUAGAUGAGUGUCGAUUGCCUCUAGACUACAAGAAGAAUAAUAGCUGGGAUAAAGCUACAGAGCCAACCUUAGUGGAUGUGCUUCUGAAAUCCCUCAUCAAUGGGAAUCUGCUUCCCUCUGCUCGCCUCUGGAUAACCUCCAGACCUGCAGCAUCCAAUCAGAUUCCUUCUGGGUGUGUUGACCAGGUGACAGAAGUACGAGGGUUCAAUGACCCACAGAAGGAGGAGUACUUCAGGAAGAGGUUCAGUGAUGAGAAUCUGGCAAACAGAAUCAUCUCACACAUUAAGACAUCAAGGAGUCUCCACAUCAUGUGCCACAUACCAGUCUUCUGUUGGAUCGCAGCUACAGUUCUGGAGCGCAUAUUGAGCACAGAUACGAAUGGAGAAAUACCAAAGACUCUGACUCAAUUAUUCCUUGGUUUACUGGUGUUUCAUGCUAAACAGAUGAACGAGAAAUAUAAUGAGAAAGGCGAGGGAGAGUCACACUGGGAUAAAGAGAGCAUUAUGGCACUUGGAAAACUGGCUUUUCAACAGCUAAAAAAUGGCAACCUAAUUUUCUAUGAGUCAGAUCUGCAAGAGUGUGGCAUUAGUGCCAGAGAAGCUUCGGUUCGCUUGGGAGUGUUCACACAGCUCUUCAGAGAGGAUUAUGGGCCGUUCCAGGAGAAGGUGUACUGCUUUGUGCAUCUGAGCAUCCAGGAGUUUCUGGCUGCGUUGUAUGUCUUUUUAUCAUACAACAACAACAAUGUAAACCUAAUGAACAAAGAACUUUCCACCAUCAGAAACAUUCUUAGGAGGUUUACAUUAAAAUCGGCCUUCACCUUUCACAAGAGUGCUGUGGAUAUAGCCUUACGGGGUAAGAAUGGACACCUUGACCUGUUCCUCCGCUUCCUUCUGGGCCUCUCACUAGAGUCUAAUCAGUCUCACUUACACGGCCUGCUGACACCGACAAGGAGAGCGAGAAGCAGCUCUCAGUGCCAUGAGCAAACAGUCAAGUACAUAAAGAGGAAGAUCAGAAAAAAUCACUCUCCAGAGAAGUGCAUCAAUCUGUUCCACUGUCUAAAUGAACUAAAUGACCAUUCACUGGUGAAGGAGAUUCAAAACUACAUAAGCUCAGGAAAUGUCUCCAGAGAAGAACUCUCACCUGCACAGUGGUCAGCUCUGGUCUUUGUGUUGUUGACUUCAGAAGAGGAGCUGGUUGUGUUUGAUCUGAAGAAAUACUCCAGAUCAGAAAAGGGGCUUCUGAGACUGUUGCCAGUCGUCAAAGCCUCCAGAACAUCUCUGCUGAAUGGAUGUAACCUCACAGAGAGAUGCUGUGAAGCUUUAGCCUCAGCUCUCAACUUCUCCCACCUGAGAGAGCUGGACCUGAGUGACAACAACCUGCUGACAGAUUCAGGAGUGAAGCUGCUCGCUGUUGGACUGGAGAAUUCACACUGUAAACUUGAGACACUGAGGUUGUCAUUUUGUGGAGUCACAGCGAAAGGCUGUGCUUAUCUGGCCUCAGUUCUAAUGUCAAACUCUUCAAACCUGAGAGAGCUGGACCUGAGUGACAAUGACCUGCGGAAUUCAGGAGCAGAACUGCUCUCAGCUGGACUGGAGAAUCCCCACUGUAAACUGGAGACACUGAGGUUGUCAUUCUGUGGAGUCGCAAAGAAAGGCUGUGCUUCUCUGGCCUCAGCUCUGAGGUCAAACCCCUCACACCUGAGAGAGCUGGACUUGAGCUACAAUCACUCAGGAGUGAAUUUGCUCUCUGCUAUAUUAGAGGAUCCCUGCUGUAAACUGGAGAAACUCAACAUGGGAUCUGGAGAUUUCACAACCCAACCAGGUCAAAUUAAAUAUGCACGUGAUCUCACACUGGACCCAAACACAGCACACAGACGCCUCACUCUGUCUGAGGGGAACAGAAAGGUGACAUGGGUGGAUGAGAAGCAGCGGCAUCCUGAUCACCCAGAGAGAUUUGGGAACUGCGAACAGGUGCUGUGUAGAGAGGGUCUAUCUGGGCCCGGGCCCUGUUACUGGGAGGCAGAUUGGAAUGGGGAAUGGGCUGUUAUAGGAAUGGCAUAUAAAGGAAUCAGCAGGACAGGAGGGCGUAAAGACUGUGUGCUUGGAUACAAUCGUAAGUCUUGGAGUUUGGAGUCCUCUAAUCACAGCAACACCACCUGGCACAAUAAUAACUGCACUGAGUUUCCUGUCCAAUCCUCCCCUUACUACAGAGUAGGAGUGUAUCUGGACUGGCAGGCCGGCAUUCUGUCCUUCUGCAGAGUCUCCUCUAGCAUACGGACACACCUGCACACAUUCCACACCAAAUUCACUGAGCCCCUCUACCCAGGGUUUUAUGUUGGGAGUGGCUCCUCAGUAACUCUGAGGUAAAAACUUUGCUUUAGGACAGCGGCAGUCUUGUUAUUAUUGGCGUUUGUAAAUAAUGUUAUUCGUAGAGUGUUUUGUGAAACUCUGCUUCUGUUUGAACUCAAUUACACUGAAUGGAAUAUUCAUGGUACGUAUUUUGCCAUGGACUUGGUAUCUGUGUCAACGAUUAUCACAAAUUCAACAUGACACUGGAGAUACAGUAGAUUACAGACACCAGGAUUGCAACCCAACUACAGACUAAAGUCAACCGGUUACUGGUAAGGAAAAUACACAGACAGACUGCUACAACUCUUAAGUAGUGCUACUGGUUACACUCAGAACACUUGUGACGAACAAAAAACUAUAUCUGAAAGACUUUGGAGACCCUUGGAGAUAUUAUUUCAGUAUUUAUUGAUAUUAACGGUUGUAAGAGUGUAAGUAUUGUUUAUUCUGUCAUUCUAACAGUUGCCGCUGUCUAUACUGGGAUCACUGUGAUUAUACUAUUAUGUUAUUUGAAGAUGUCACACUUGAAAUAAACUGAAAAGAUGUACAGGUGUAGGAUCUUAAUUUGAUCACUUGUUGCUGAGAAUUUUACUGCACAGCAGAAAAUGCGAACUUUUGUAGUGAGUUUUAAAGAGGCUUCUAAAGUCUGGAAUUUGACAUUUCAUCAACCCCUACAAAAAUGUUCAAUUCACCUUUCCUGUUGCUGCAGGAUUCUUUUCCUGCUGUUUCAAAUGGUCUCAAAUGAAGAUGGCAACUGUCUCACCACAGUUUAUAUGACCGCAACAUCAGGAGUUUCGUAAGCAUACCUUUAGCAAUUCAUUUUUUGUGAUUUUCCUAUACUAAAAAGGUAUAUUAUUCAUUCCAUGUUGAUUAUGUGAAAAGGGAAACAUAUGGACAUCUGUUUAAAUUAUGUUUGUUAAAUCCAACAACCCCAGGGCAUCGGCCCACGCCAGUUUGUGAAUGUAUCCCGUGUUGGUUCAGUUGGUACAGCCUGGCACUUGCAAUGCCAGGGUUGUGGGUUUGACUUCCACAGGGGACCAGUAUGAAAAAUGUGUGAACGCACUACUGUAAGUAGCUCUGGAUAAGAAUCUCUGCUAAAUGACUGAUAUUUAACACAUCGUCAACCCAAUAACAUAUUAGCCUACAGUACAGUAGGAGUAUGUCCAAUAGUGAACUGAGCAAGAUGGAAGAGUAAAACCUAUAGUUUGAUAUUGGAGUAUUUGUAUUACAAAAAAUGUUUUACCAUCAUGUGAAUUAAAAAGGUAUGUUUUGACAUGUUUGACCACCAUG